CCGAGAGAGAAUGCGCUAAAAGGUGACGAAUCAAACACCCGCCUCGCGCCAUGCCAGGGUUCUCCACCAUCAUGCCGCUGCCGCUCGAGCAACCUCCGCUCAUCAUGCUGGUCACUGUCGCCGACGUCUGGCAAGCACUGUUUCUGAUCAGAAUCGCCAUGUCCUCGGUGCAGUAUGCCUUCAGGACCUCGUUUCGUGCUGGGCAGGGAGGCGCCUUCCCUACGGACGGCUGUCCACAAAAGCUCUGUGACGAUCUGCAACUGCUCCACGCGAACUCGACUUGAUACGCAGCUGUGAUAUCUUAAACAGUGCUGCUCACAGUCCUCUCCACGCUGUACUGAGUCUGGCGGUUGUAUUGCACAGAUGACACCCUUGCACACUGCCUUCCCCACAUUCUCUGCUCAGAGUUGCAUCACCACCACCGUCUUAUCUCUGUGCAACGUGAUCGAUCUGUAAGAGCUCUUGGCAUAGGGCUGAGGUCUUUCGCGACUGUU